AUGGCGGCACCUAACCAGAGGGGUGGCAGCGGCCGGAAGAAGACCGUACUCCGCCGGAUCGAGCAGGAGGAUGCCCGGCACGUCUCCUACGCCAAGCGCCGAGCGGGGCUCUUCAACAAGGCCAGCGAGCUGGCUGUGCUCACGCGCGCCCAGGUAGCCGCCCUCGCCUUCUCUCCCGGCGGCAAGGCAUUCACCUUCGGCCACCCCUCCGUCGACUCUGUCGUAGAACGCUUCCUGGCGGGGGAAGGUUUGGGUGCUUGCCCGAGGGCGCAGGGCGCUGCCAAUGACCGUUUCCUGGCGGCGGAGGGUGCCGGGGCCGGGGCCGGCGCGGGGGAGGGCGCUACCGACGAAGACAACGUGAAGAGGCUGGCCCAGAAGCUCGCCGAGAUGCGCGCGGAGCUGACGGAGGUGAAGAAGCAGAAGAAGCGCAUCGACAAGGCCAUGGCUAAGGAGCGCGCCGCGGGGGACCAGAUUGCGGCGUGGGUCGACCCCAAGGUGCGCGACAUGGGGGACGAUGACAUGGCCGCCUUCUUUGCCACGCUCCUCAAGGUAAAGACCGACGUCUCCCACCGCGCCAACCAGGUUCUAUUGGACUUCAGCCGCAAGGUUGAAAUCACCCGGUUGCCCCCGGCCCAGAUCUUCGGUGGCAGCAUCUUUGAGAUCGGUAGCAGCAGCGGCAGCGCCCACGCCGGGAUGGAGUUCCAGUUUCUGGUGCCUCCACCGCAGGGGCAGGGGUUCGAGGCCGGGAUGGAUAUGCACCAGAUGGUGAUGGCGGCGCUGCCUCCGCCUCAGGGGUUCCCCUCCGCGAUAGAUAUGCAAGUGCAACAGCAGAUGGUGAUGGAGAUGCCUCCGGCUCAGGUGCUCGCCGCCGGGAGCAUGGAUAUGCAACAGCAGAUAGUGAUGGAGAUGCCUCCGGCUCAGGUGAUCGCCGCUGGGGUGGAUAUGCAGGAGAUGCCUCCAGCUCAGGUGGUUGCCGCCGGGAUGGAUAUGCAGGAGAUGCCUCCGCCGCCGGGGUUCGCUGCCGGGAUUGAUAUUAUGGAGCAGAUGCAAAUGAUGAUUGGUCAGCCGCCGUCGUUCGAGGCUGGGAUGGAGACAGAGUUUCAGCAAUGUCUUAUGGCAAUGCCGCCACCGGAGUUCCCUGCCGGGUUGGAGAUGGCGCAGCAGGUGCUUGAGCCCAACGCCGAAGAAGAGGAGAUCUAA